GCCUCCUCUUUGCCUAAGACAUUAUCAGGAAGCUCAGACUUGCAAGACCCAGGUUUGUCUGCUCUGUACACCCUACCAGCACGAUGCCUAUGACUCUGGGUUACUGGGACAUCCGUGGGCUGGCUCACGCCAUUCGCCUGCUCCUGGAGUAUACGGACACAAGCUAUGAGGACAAGAAGUACAGCAUGGGAGAUGCUCCCGACUAUGACAGAAGCCAGUGGCUGAGUGAGAAGUUCAAGCUGGAUUUGGACUUCCCCAAUCUGCCCUACUUAAUCGAUGGGUCACACAAGAUCACCCAGAGCAAUGCCAUCCUGCGCUACCUUGGUCGCAAGCACAACCUGUGUGGGGAGACAGAGGAGGAGAGGAUUCGUGUGGACAUUUUGGAGAACCAGGCUAUGGACACCCGCCUACAGUUGGCCAUGAUCUGCUACAGCCCUGACUUUGAGAGAAAGAAGCCAGAGUACUUAGAGGGUCUCCCUGAGAAGAUGAAGCUUUACUCCGAAUUCCUGGGCAAGCAGCAGUGGUUUGCAGGGAACAAGGUAAAGGCAGGGGGUGGGGAGAAGGAUUUGCCAUUUCUUCCCAGGUGUCAAAUUCUAGCGCUCACCCUUGGCUUCCUGCAGAUUACCUAUGUGGAUUUUCUUGUUUACGAUGUCCUCGAUCAGCACCGUAUAUUUGAACCCAAGUGCCUGGACGCCUUCCCAAACCUGAAGGACUUCAUGGCUCAGUUUGAGGGCCUGAAGAAGAUAUCUGACUACAUGAAGAGCAGCCGCUUCCUCUCCAAGCCAAUCUUUGCAAAGAUGGCCUUUUGGAACCCAAAGUAGCACCACAAAGCCCAGACCUGGGGGAUACUCAUGAGUGCCCUGCCGGCUGUGGGCCUGGAGCAUGGCUCUGGCGCCCACCACAUGCAGCUUUCUCCUCCUUUCCAUUCCCUGUUCCUCUAUCUCCUCUUCCCAGCCCUUGCCUCAGUCAAGCCUCAGUUCCCUGGUCUCUCCAUUUCUUCACUAGUUUCCUCCCCUCCCUUGUCUCUGCCCUGCAUCCAACCCUUCCCUCACUGAUCUUCGGAGGACUGUACCAGACCCCAGAAUCCCCAGCCUGGCCUGAGAGAUUAGAUCUCACUGUGCUGCCCUGGUCCCCAGGAAGGACCCAUUUGAUUUGCAAUAAAGUGUGAACCACA